AUGAGCGAUGCCGCAGAUGGCCUCUCCGGAGGGAAUGUUGGUAAUGGUACUGAUGUAAACUCUACUACUGCUGCUCUGAGCAGCACCACAGCUACUCAACAGGACAUCCUAGAAAUUCUCACAGAAACUACCACCAUCGCUGCCGUAGAAACUACGGCUACACAAACUGUCUCAGAGGCUAUCACCAAAACCGUCACAGAAGCUGCCAUCACUGUCGCCACGGAAACUGCUACAAAAACUGUCACCGAGUCCACUACUACAGCCGUCGCUGAAACAGCUUCGGAAACUGUCAAAGAAGCUGCCAUCACAGCCACCGCAGAAGCUGUUUCAGAGGCUAUCACAGAUGCUAGCAACCACAGGCCAUAA